AUGCGGCGUGAGUGGGCAAGUUGCCGGUUGGGAUUUAAGACGGCUACCAUUGCUGUUUUUAAAUUAACGGACUUUAAAACACGUGUUAGUACUCCCAAUGCCAUCACCGGAGGCUUCUGUGACCUUGGUCCUGAAGAGCCGCCAGAACAGGAGUUCGCGAAGGCCAAAGCGAUGCUUCAAUCCAUUCACCACGGCGGGAUUAAGAAGCACGAAGGACUCGAAACCGACAGUCGCACUACCUCGCUCUACGAGCACUUGGUGAAUCUGAUAAAGUACAUUCUGGAGUACCAGCCGUCUCAGGCUCUGGACCAAUUCGAGGUACUCAGUCGCCUUGUCAAACGCGAGAAAGGCAUCGGCGGUGAAUACCUAGAGGCUGGGUUUACAGAGGCCCGAGAGGAUGCCAUCGCGCGCACAGAGGAACCGAAACCGCCCGAGGUCACCUUCGCAACGCACGAAAGAUCCCUCCUAAUUCAUCCUGACCACGUCUGGAAUAAACCGCCGCUCGUUGAUCUGCCUCUUCCUGCAAGCUUUGGUGGAAACUUUGAGGAAGAUGAAGAGGAGACAGAAGCCCUCCCGAAUCUCUGUCAGCAACUCGUGCUUCUUGAACAGUCAGGAAUAGGUCUCGGAAGGGUAGAAUUGACUCGAAUUUGGCUUGCCCUGCGCUUCCUUUAUAAACAACUCGAGGAUAUCACAAAGCUUCGUUUCUGGGGCAAAAUCUACGGCAAAAAGGCAAACUACUACAUUGUUGAGGCCGAAUUCGAACCAGAAUCGGAUCCGAGCGAGAAAAUUCCUGGUCCUUGGGAUAAGUGGCGACCACCGAAACCCCCCGCUACGGUUCGCGAACAGGACAAGGAGGAAUUUCAGCUAACGUUGCUGGACGAGGAGGCAGUGGCGAAGUUGCCAGUAGAGAAGCGAGUUUUGAUCAAUUUGCCCAAAAACAAGUAUAAACCACCCACACUGUACCCGCGAGAACCACGAGGCCGCGGCAUGAACAGGUGGGACUACUACGUCUCCACGAACCUCGGAGAGGGCACCUGGGUGAGACUGCCAAUCGUGAAGCCCGAGCACAUUGUCGCGGCUCGCCAGUCCGUGUACCUCUUUACCGGCGACCUCAACGCCCCGGUGGGCCACUUGCCUGGCGGACUGGGCCCCUUUCCUGGCCUCGAGGUGCACUACUUGCGGGCGCAGAUCGCCAGAAUCACCUCGGCGUGCCACGUCUCGCCGUCAGGCAUAUUUGAGUUAGACGAAGACGAUGAACCGGAAGAAGGCGAGAAGCCAGAAACGCUAAUGAUGGCCGAAGAGUACGAGCCAAUGGAAUUUUCAGACUUAUUGGAUCUGUCUAACUGGGUUCACCAUAGGCCAUACCUGUUCUCGAUAGGUCGAAUUAAUUGGAUGAACACCAAGAAAGCGGCUGCUGCCAUAAAGGCUCUUAUGGCUGAGGAGGAAGAUGCUGAGGACGUUGGUGCCGAAGACGACGAAGAAGAAAUGGAAGAAGAGGGGGAGGAGGAGGAAGAAGACGAGGAGGAGGAGGGCCCAGACCUCCUGGCACCCCUGGACGAGGAUGCCCCCACCAAACCCCUCGGCGAUGUCAGCCAAUCACUGCAGAAUGCCAUCCCCAACCCCCUGGGCCCCGUCUGGAAUGCUCGCCCGUCCACAGUCCUCCUGCCUGUAAACUGCGCAAUUGCAGUGCUCAGCAACAGCCAAUGGCCUGGCGCAUAUGCGAUGGCACGAAAGGAUGCCUCACCCCACCCCACCCCGCCAUCGCUGCAUCUUGACCGACCUCCUUGGCCGGAGCUGGAAUUGAGUGUAAUAUUUGUUAACAUUUACGUUGGCUGGGGUAUCAAAUUCCUGGGUGCCAACUACCAGCCUCCGAGACUGCCACCAACCUCACAGCAAUUUGACGACGAGGCGGUGGGUCUGAAGGAGACUGUGGACCCAACAGUGCAACAGGAGGAAGAAGAGCGUCUUCGAAAGGAGGCUAGGCGUCUGGCACGGGCUGCGGAAGAAGUGGAGGGUACUGCUUCAAAGGUACAAGAGUCCCGCCUUUUGGAUUUCAUUAGUACUCACAGUCAAAUAAAAUCAUCAAGUUUUCACAUUGCCUUUGAGCGUCAGACCUACUCAUUGCCAUUUUUGGUUUAUAUUUCUCCAUCGAAGCAGCUAUCUGUAAAGAUGGCGGAUAGUGCUUCGGAGUUAGAUCUCGAGUCUGAUGCCAGCUCAAUUGACGGCCAUACGGGAAGGUGUGACCAGUUGCAGAGACAAGUGGAAUUGUUACAUCAGCAGAACCGUAUGCUCAAAGCAGAAGUUGAUCAACUCAAUCUUCGAGUCAAGAGCUUGCUGGAAAAAAAUGAGCAGCUUCGUCGAAACAGUGUGUCCAUUCAAGCACAGGCGGAACGAGAAGAAGAAUACAUAAGCAAUACACUUCAGAGACAGAUUUCUGAGCUAAAGAAGGACAAAGAAUCACUCGUGGUUAAAUUUGAGGAAGAAGAAGAGAGACUUAUUAAUGAACUCAAUCGUAAAUUGAUGCAGCUACAAAAGGACAAAGAGAAACUGGAAAAGACUCUUGCUAAAGAACAAGAAGCCCAGGUGAACAAACUCAAACGCCGAAUUGAGCGGCUUGAAUCCGAAAGUGAACGAAAACAAAGGGUUCUUGACAAAUUAAGACGCGAUAAAAUCGAGUUGGAGAAUGCUCUAGAACAAGAACAAGAGGCCCUUGUAAACCGACUUUGGAAAAAGAUGGAAAAACUGGAGGAAGAAAAACGACAAUUGCAGAGUAAACUGGAGACGGCGAGUGCUCCAUUAUCAGGCAGCUCGAGCGUCCAGAACAUCGCCUCUGUGGCGACCGGCGGCCCCAAUCAGCCGCCCCAUCACCAUUCGGCCUCCAUUUGUCUGGGCUAUCAGCAAGCCCACCAGCCCCACCAUCCCCAACGUGGCCCUCUAGCCGGUGUGCCCGGGGGCACUAGCUUCGACAAUUUCGACUUUAAUGGAUGCCAGUCCGACGCCGCAGGACAAUCGCCGAGCCACACCGGGGGCAGACACUCGCUCACCACUUCCGUCGCCUCCAGUUCCCUAAGUCCACGCCCCCCUCCGAGCCCCAUGGAUUUAGACAUCAGUGAUGUCAACGCUUCUGCGGGCCAUCUCUCUCGUUCUGAAAUCUCCUUACCUGGAAACCGAUCGCAUCGUAAUAGCUUCCAGCCGGGAGUGUCUGUCGGACCCCCUUUGCACCUCGAGGGAAUGACCAAUGGGUCAGCCUAUGUGGCUAGACUGCGAGAGGAGGUGGUUCGACUGCGCGCUAUUGUUGCCGCUAACCAGGCGGAUCAGCUCGCUUGCACCGAACAGGAGCGCUCAGCGAUCGACGAGAACGCCAGAUUGCGCCGUAUGCUGCAGACUGAAAUCGAUCGCAAGGACGUACAAUUCAACGACGCAAGUCGUGUCGCAUUUUCGCCCGGUCGAUCCCGCACUACAUCUGACGGUUGCCCUUCUCCCUACUACCCCUCGGGACCGUUCAUUGGUCCAGGCAGCGCAUUUGCUUCGGCCGUCAUCGCUGCAGCAACCUCCAACCGUUCCGUCUCCCCACGAUACUGUCGGGAGUGCGGUCAGCCCAUUCCCGCGAGCAAGCUCUUCCAAUGCGGUGCUGUGACGCCUCCCCCGCCAUCAUCAUCAACAUCAUCACGUUCCCCGGGACGAUUCGUCAAGCCCUCGCCACGCCUCCGACCUCCACAUCCACCCAGACAGACAGCCGCCGGCGCGACCGCUCCCGGCCAGCCCGCCACGACCUCGGACCGUGAGUAUGCGGACGAAGAGGAGGAGGAGGACGACGACCGCUCCAAGACGCCUCCCGCCGGCGUGGCCAACUAA